GGUCCAAUAAAACAGUCCGUUGGACGCCUUAAGUAAGAGUCCUGCAAAAAGAAAGUCUCUGAGCAGAGUUUCAUCUUUCCGCCAAACAGAGCAAAAAGGACCAUCAUGAUCUGCACGGAGUCAAACCACCAGCGAAUUUCGUUUGCUGGUGAUCUCGGCCAGUCCGAUAAAGGACCUCCUAUGGAACAUCAACCAUCAGGCCCGGUUCGAAGAGACACAGCUCUUUUAGAUUCAUCAAACUCAGAUUUCGAGUUCCACAUCUCAAGAAACUUUGAUCCUGAAGAUUCCUCACCAGCCGACGAGAUCUUUGCAGACGGCAUGAUCCUCCCGGUCCUUCCUUUCCAAGUAACAGCUGGAUCCACCAUGCCAAAACGUCUCUACAAAUAUGAGCUCCCUCCUAUUGUCUCUGCUCCAUCCUUAUCCUCCUAUCUUCCUCCUCUGCCUUUACCAUUGCCUGAACACUCGAUAAAAUACAGCGUGAAAGAAACUCGUGGAAGCGUAAAUGGUCGAGGGAGCGUUGCCAAUUCGGACUCAGAGGCAGAGAAAUCAUCAAAGUCGUUUUGGAGCUUCAAAAGAAGCUCAAGCCUUAACUGCGAUAUAAAGAAGAGUCUGAUCUGUUCGUUUCCUCGUUUAACGAGAAGCAAUUCCACAGGAUCAGUGAUGAAUUCGAAGAGGGAAAUGCUUAGGGACAUUAACAAGCAUAGCUCGCAGAGACAUGGAGUCCCACGUCCAGGGGUGAAUCAAUCAUCUCAUAUGCGUCCUCCUUCAUCUCUCUGCUGCAGCUCGUAUCAGUUCAGGCCACAAAAACACGCCGGAAAGAAUGGUGGUGGAAGAGGAGGAAGUUUUUGGAUUGCUCCGGUGAUCGGUGGUCCAUCUCCGUUUGGGUUAGGAUCCAUCUUACGACUUACGAAAGAGAAGAAAAAGAAGUAAGAACAGUUUUUUCCUUCCUUCCCAAAGUAGGACCAGUUUAACACCAGACUCUUUUAACCAACUCUUUGUUUCAUUUUGUAACGCAUGCGAUUAUGCAACUAAAUCCAUGUAUAAUAAUAAAUUGAUAGAUACAAUUUUGUUUGAUCA